UCUAGAUCUACAUUUCUACAAAUACAAUAAUCUAGAGUCUAGGCACCAACAAUAAUGGGUGAUAAACCUUGCCCACCUCAGUUACCUAAGCCCUGCCCAUCAAAAACAACUUCUAAAUCGAGUUCUAGUGAAGAAACUAAGGCAUUUAGAAAGGAAGAGGAGAAAGCUUCACAAUCAAAGAGUAAAGGCAAGUGCAAAGAAUUCUGGAGUCCUGGUGUUGAUUCACGAUUUCCAAAUCAAAAUCAAACUAGACGCUGCUGGCAGAAUUAUGUUGAUUAUAUCAGAUGUACUACAAAAUUUGGAGAUGACUAUGAAGCUUGUGAAUAUUUCAAGAAGACAUAUACUUGUCUUUGUCCAGAAUUUUGGAUAGAGCAUUGGGAUGAUCUAAGAGAGAAAGAUGCCUUUCCCAUGCCAAGAUGGGGAUAAUGUUUGGUGAUUCAAUUUGAUCUUUUGAAGCACCCUUAUCCAAUGUUUAAUUUGUUGCAAGAAUUCAGUGUUCAAUUAAAUUAUAUUGAUUGCAUUAAAGUCAAUAAAAUAUUUGAUUAAAUAUU